AUGCAGACAUUUUGCAACUACGUAACCAGCGUCAGCGAAAAGGACAGAAAGGAUGGAUCUCUUCGAGAAUGGUCGAUGUCAUCAGGGACUGUGCUGAACUCUCUUACCGGAAUUCCUCAUGAUUUGAGCAGAACCGGCUCAUUUAUCUACGCCGGUGGUACGACCGUCACGCCACAAGAAACAUUUAUUCUGUCCACAAAAGUCCCUCUGGAACUUAAGGAAGCAGCUCGUCUCGACUUUUUUGUCUAUCAAGCAGCCACCCGAAGGUCAAUUCAGAUUCACUUCGUAGCUGAUGAACUACAAGACAACUAUGCCAUCGGACUGGAUAAUAUCCAGUUGCUUAACAAACAUGGAAUGUCUGCUUUGUCCUGCAAGUGA